AUGUCUAUGUACUUCUUUCGCCUGCACAACCUGCGCCGGGCCGAGGAGAACAAGAAGAAGAAGCAGCAGCAGCAGCACCAGCAGCAGCAAAGACGUCGCAGGACCAGCUCCUACCACCACCGCUACACGAACGCGGCGCUGACCUUGGCCCCCAGCCGCCUCUUCGAGAGGCCGCCCCUCACGCCUUCCGACAGCCUGGACGAGGUCGCCUUACAGAUUCCCAGGUGCUACCACUUAUAUGUAAAUAUGUACUAA